AUGAGUCAGAGGCAGGUGCUGAAAGGGUUCGAGGAGUACCGGAAAGCCCGGACCCAAUUCGUGCAGAUGGUGGCGGAGCUGGCGACCAGACCGCAGAACAGCGAGACGCUGCAAAACGCGGGUGUAAUGUCUUUGCUGAGGCCUCUUCUUCUGGAUGUGGCCCCAACAAUUCAACAGACUGCUGCCUUGGCUCUGGGGAGACUGGCUAGUUAUAAUGAGGACCUAGCAGAAGCGGUCGUGAAGGGCAACAUUCUUCCCCAGCUUGUUUAUUCCUUGGCAGAACGGGAUCGUUUUUACAAGAAAGGAGCUGCCUUUGUGUUACAAGCAGUUGGUAAACAUUCUCCCCAACUAGCUCAGGCGAUAGUGGAUUGUGGAGCACUGAAUACGCUGGUGAUAUGCUUGGAAGAUUUUGACCCUGGAGUCAAACAGGCUGCAGCCUGUGCAUUUGACAGUAUUGCAAGACAUAAUGCAGAGCUGUCACAAGCUGUGGUGGACACGGGAGCCAUUCCUCUUUUAGUGCUCUAUAUCCAAGAGCCAGAAACUGCUUUGAAAAGGAUUGGUGCUUUGGCCCUCAGUGAUAUUGCAAAGCAUUCUCCAGAGUUGGCACAGACAGUGGUGGACGCAGGAGCAAUUGCUCACUUAGCCCAGAUGAUCCUGAACCAUAAUGCUGGGUUGAAGCGUCAGGUCCUUUCAGCUCUCAGUCAGAUUGCGAAACAUUCUGUGGAUCUAGCAGAAAUGGUGGUUGAAGCAGAGAUUUUUCCAGCUGUACUUACCUGUCUGAAGGACAAAGAUGAAUACGUGAAGAAAAAUGCUUCCACUUUAAUUAGAGAGAUUGUGAAACAUACACCUGAGCUUUCUCAGCUGCUGGUGAACAUGGGGGGAGUUGCUGCCGUGAUCGAUUGCAUUGGGUCCUGCAAAGGAAACGUAAAGCUGCCGGGCAUCAUGACUCUUGGCUACGUGGCAGCUCAUUCUGAGAACCUGGCAAUGGCGGUCAUCACGUCCAAGGGUGUGCCCCAGCUGUCAGUCUGCUUGUCGGAAGAGCCAGAAGAUCAUAUUAAGGCUGCUGCUGCCUGGGCCUUGGGACAGAUUGGGAGGCACACUCCGGAGCACGCCCGGGCUGUCGCGGUCACAAACACUUUGCCUGUCCUGCUUUCUUUGUACAUGUCGACCGAAAGUUCUGAGGAUCUUCAAAUGAAAAGUAAAAAAGCCAUAAAGAAUAUCCUACAAAAAUGCACCUAUUUACCAGCUCUCGAGCCAUUUCUGUAUGGUGCUCCUCCCAAUAUUCUGAAGUAUGUGGUUGGACAGUUCAGUAAGGUGCUGCCACAUGAUAGCAAAGCUCGACGACUUUUUGUAACAAGUGGUGGACUUAAAAAGAUUCAAGAGAUAAAAGCAGAACCUGGAUCUCUCCUUCAAGAAUACAUCAACAGUGUUAACAACUGUUACCCAGAAGAAAUAGUAAGGUAUUUUUCCCCUGGAUAUUCAGAUACACUUCUGCAGAGAGUGGACAGCUAUCAACCACUUAAUAACUGA